AUGGAUCUGGGCAGUAGCUAUGGGGGAGGAGGUUUGGGGGGAGGGGGAGGGGGAGGGGCAGCAGCAGCAGCAGGAGGAGGAGACCUGAGUUGGGGCCUGGGGAUGGGGUACCAGGGUGGUGUGGGGGGGGGAGGACUUGGGGGGAUUGGAGGGGGGUUGGGUGCGGUACUGGCCAGUUAUCAAGGAGCAGGAGGAGCAGCAGGGGGAGCAGGGGGAGGGGGGAUAGGGGGGAUGGGGAGUGGUGCUGCCGGUGGUGGCUCUCUGACUGGUUUCUCUUCUGCUUAUGAUGCUGCUAGUUACGUUGAUGCGUCUGGUUACCACCCUCCGUCUGGUUACACUACCUCGUCUGGUUACCAGCCUUCGCCUGGUGCUGGUUUUGAUGAUCCUUCAAAGCGCAGGAGGGUGCAGGAUCGCCCCUUUGUCAAAACAGAGGCAUCCGAGCCUCAUGGUCACGCCCAGGGCCAGGGGCAGGGGCAGGCUCGGAUUGAGCUUCGGUUGCUGGGGCAAGCGAUAGGGUCGGUGCUGGGGAAGGGUGGGAACACGAUCAAGAACAUUCGGCAGAUGUCUGGAGCUAACAUCAAGAUCCAGCCCCCGGAAGCAGGCAACACGGACAGGAUUGUCGAGAUUUCUGGCAACCCAACGCAGGUGUCCAGUGCAGAAGCUCUGAUCAAGGCGUGUGCUGCUGCAAGAUAA